AUGGCUGUUGUCUUGAAAGAUCUUCUGCCAGCCAUAUUUCCUCUUUUCCUUGGCAGAUGUGAGCUCAUCCAGUUUCUGCUUCAACCGACCGGAGAUCAAAGUAUCAAUGGCACUCCUCAGAGCACCCAUCAGCAUAUCUGUCUCGAACAUCUCAUCCUCGCAAGUCGCCAUUGCUACUUGUCUAUGAUACCCCGAAGCAUUAUCAAACCUCUUGAGGCGGCACGUGUUGUUCAGCACCGUGUCUUUGACCGGAGACCGUGCUUCCUCGGGUAUAAGCACAUAGCUUGGUGA